UUUCCCCGCCGCCGAACGCCUGACGCAAACACACUUCCGGACAUGCGCUUUGUCACGUUCGCGGCACAAAUGGCGAUGACAAUGAGCCAGACUGAUGUUGAGCUGCAACAGAAAGAAGAGGGAGAGGAGGAUGAUCCAUCCAUGUCUAGAUCAGACAGUGGCGAGGAUUCUCUCGAUGGUCUUACGAAACACAGAUGUCCCCUCACUCCAUCCCUGUCACCACGGAAACGGACGACCAGUCAGAGUAAAACGGAACCUCCGCUUUUAAGGACAAAUAAAAGGACGAUCUACACCGCAGGGCGUCCACCCUGGUAUAAUGUUACUGGGACCACCUUUAAAGAAGCGUUUGUCAUAGGUCUGUGUGGAGGUAGUGCCUCUGGAAAAACCACUGUGGCCAAUAAGAUCAUAGAAGCUCUAGAUGUUCCUUGGGUUGUUCUUCUUUCUAUGGACUCUUUCUACAAGGUUUUAAAUAAAGAAGACCAGGAGUUGGCGGCCAGGAACGAGUACAACUUCGAUCAUCCCGAUGCUUUCGAUUUCGAGCUGCUGGUGACUGUGUUGAGAAAACUGAAGAAGGGCAAGAGCAUCAAAGUGCCAGUUUAUGACUUCACAACACACAGUCGUCGUAAGGAGUGGAAAACAGUCUACGGUGCCAAUGUUGUGAUAUUUGAGGGAAUCUUGGCUUUUGCCAACAAGGAGCUUUUAAAGUUAUUAGACAUGAAGGUGUUCGUGGACACUGACUCUGACAUCCGUCUGGUCAGGCGGCUGAAAAGGGACAUCACAGAUCGAGGGCGUGACAUCGCAGGGGUCAUUAAGCAGUACAACAAAUUUGUCAAGCCCGCUUUCGAACAGUACAUCGAGCCUACUGUGCAGGUUGCAGAUAUUGUGGUCCCGAGAGGUGGGGAGAACUUUGUAGCCUUGGAUCUGAUAGUUCAGCAUGUCCACAGUCAACUUGAAAAGAGGAAACUCCGCUGGGAUAUAUCUGCCCUGGCAUCCGCUCAUCAGGGUCAACCUCUACCCAAGACCCUGAGUGUUAUGGAGAGCACCCCACAAGUUAGAGGGAUGCACACAAUUAUCAGGAAUAAAGAAACCAGUCGUGAUGAAUUUAUUUUCUAUUCCAAGAGAUUAAUGAGGCUGCUUAUUGAACACGCCCUGUCCUUCCUGCCCCUGAAGCCAGUGUCUGUUGAAACGCCACAAGGAUCUGUGUAUGAAGGAAAAAGGCUGAGCGGGAAAAGGAUCACUGGUGUGUCCAUUCUGCGGGCAGGAGAGACCAUGGAGCAGGCCUUGAUGGCAGUUUGUAAGGACAUUCGACUAGGAAAGAUCCUCAUCCAGACCAAUCACGACACGGGAGAGCCCGAGCUUCAUUACCUACGUCUGCCCAAGGACAUAACCGAGGACUAUGUCAUAUUGAUGGACAGCACAGUGUCAACAGGGGCAGCAGCACUCAUGGCGGUCAGAGUCUUACUUGAUCACGAUGUUCAGGAGGACAAGAUCUUCCUCCUGUCUUUGCUCAUGGCAGAGAUGGGUGUCCAUUCGGUGGCCUAUGCCUUUCCCAAGGUUCGGAUCAUCACCACCGCUGUGGAUAAGAAAGUCAGCGAUGAGUUUCACAUCAUUCCUGGAAUCGGUAAUUUUGGGGACCGGUAUUUUGGGACUGAUGCUCCUUCAGAUUGGUAUGAAAGUGAUGAUGGAAUGGACUACUAAACUCACCGAGCAACCGUAUAUCUGCAUGUAUCAGAGAAGGGAACAUUUUAAACACUCAUCUAACUGUGGACCCAUAAAUAUACGCCUUAGCCUCAUUUUGACGGUCAGAAAUCCAAGCUUUCCUCAAAGUGCCACAAGACUGAAGAGCAAUGCUAGUGUUAAAUUACAGUGAUAACCUCAUUGGUUUAGAUUUCAUCAUUUUGAGAAUUUGAGGCAUAAUGCUGAAAAGGCUCUCCAGCAUUUCUUCAUUGGUGUUGGAAAUGACAUGACAUAUACAACAAAUGGUACAAAAGCUAUCACUGGGGCAGCAUCCUUUAAAAAAGGUACACCUUUGUACCUAAAGAGUGCAUAUUAGUAUCUUAAAGGUACAUAUUAGUACCUUUUCAAAGGGUGCAGUCCUAGUUAUAGCAUUUGUACUUUUUUCUGCCAGUGUCUUGUACUAUUUGUCAAAUAGUAUGUAUAUAGUAUAUACAUGUGCAUUUGCAUUGUUUGACUAAAUCUGUCAAACCAUGUAAUUAUUUUGUGAAAAAAUAUUUCAGAAAACAGAGCAUUUCUGCUUAAUUUUAGCCUGAUGCAGUAUUGGUGCUGCUUUGUCAAAUAUGUGCAUAAUGUUACUAGCAAAUGCUGUUUACUGCAGUUUUCUCUGACUGCAACUACUCAUAAACAACACAUCUACUGUUUGUUUUACUGUAUAUUUUUAUUGAUUUGGUAUAUUAGCUUAAACAGCUGAUUAGUGCCAAUGAAAAAUCUUUUAUUUUGUAGUUUUUGUGUAUAUGUUGAAAAAAUACAUAUUGAUAUGGGACUUAGACUUAGAAAAUGAAGUCCAAAUGAUAAAUAUAUAAUUCAUUAUAGUACCACAGAGGGGAAGAAAAUCAGGGUAACAGGUUAUGCUUUGUUGCAGCCAUUUUGUGGGUUAUAUACUUGAAUUUGAAAGUGUAUAUAAUGUAUAUUUAUUUUUCAGUAGUUUGCUUUCCAUGCCCAAGACUGAUUUGCAAUGACAAAAGUGAACGAAUAAUUACUGGUGAACAUUUUUGGUGAUCUGUUUUUUUAGAAUUGAACCAAGAGUAAUGUGUGCUUUUUGCAAACCUCCACUGUUACAUGUCAUCUAACAGCACAAAAUGCUGUUUUGUUGCAUUAAGUCUGAGUAUAGCUGCUGUGCCAAUAUGCACGUAUAGCAAGCUGUGAUGCACUUAGUUAUGUGAGCAAACAGAAGUAUUUAAUUACACUUACACCCCCCACCCAAAAAGAAAAAGAGUGUUGCACAUUAAUUCAGUGGAAUUUAAUUGACAGUGGAUUUAUAUAUUUUGUCCCAUUUUGCAAAAUGUAAUCUUGAAAUAUACAUUUUUGUCUCGGGACCCUCUAUGUAAUUUGUUUUUGUGUCUGUGUCCUUUAUUUUUCUCUACAAUGGUUAAUGGUUAUGGCUUGGUUAUGUAUUAUUUUAUUUAAUGAAGCAUAAUCCGAUAUCAGAAAAUGUACUGUAUAAUUUCAAACAUCAAUUUUUUUUCUCCCACUACAGAAAUGUGUACUGUAUUAAUUUGGUUGUUUGUUUAUGAUUAUCCUGGUUUUUGUUUACAAAAAAUUCAGUUUGAUCUUCAGUGCUGACAGCCAUUCAAGUUAUGUUGAAUAUUUUUUGUGUGUGUUUAAAAACCCAAUAAAAGAUCUUGUGCCUAA